CUGACAUUCAGUCAACUGCAGCCAGCGCUAAUAGAAACAAAAUGCAAACCAUUCUGUGCCUUUGGAUGCUGCUUGGACUAAUCUACUCUGCGAUCGGUGCAUCGGGUAUAUUUCAGAGUAUAAACAUGGGUGGCACCGGAGGAGGGCUAACCAGAUCUGCAGGUAGCAACGAUGACUGGAGCAAUAGUGUCCACAACUCUGAUGUCGAUAAGACUUUGAAGCUACUGGAAACACUGGAUAACAGUGGCAUUGACAGGAACAACUGGGGAAACAAUGGCGUUAGGACUUCUGGAUUUGACGUUGAUAGAUCUGGAGAUGAGUCCAUUGAGGAAGCUCGCAGUUUCCAAUUAAUAAACUUUAGUUAGGCUACCGGCACUAUUGUUUAAAAUUAUGAAAUUUCUUAUAAAGCAUACAAAAACUAUUAAAUGUAUGAAAUGCAUGAAAAUUUAAUAAAUAAAAAUUCAUAGACCACACAA